UGUGGGUUGUUUUUCAGGCACCCAUUUAGUGGGCGUGAGAUCCCGGUCUCCAAUGGCUCGGGUUUCUUGGUGACGCAGGACGGCCUGAUCGUGACCAAUGCUCAUGUGGUGGCCAACAAGAGGCGCGUGCGAGUGCGACUGGCGGACGGGGAAACAUAUGACGCCACUGUCCAGGAUGUGGACCAAGUCUCUGACAUUGCGACCAUCAAAAUCAAUCCCAUGAGACCGCUGCCCACGCUGGGGUUGGGCCAGUCCUCAGACGUGCGUCACGGUGAGUUUGUGGUGGCCAUGGGCAGCCCCUUCGCUCUGCAGAACACAAUCACGUCUGGCAUCGUCAGCUCAGUGCAGAGAGGCAGCCGCGAGCUCGGCAUGGGUCACAGUAACAUGGAGUACAUCCAGACUGACGCCACCAUCGAUGUGAGUACAGCCAGCGUGCCCAUGUCUGUGUGUGUGUGUCUGUGUGAGUGUCUGACAAGACAUCUCCGACUACUUCCUCGUCUCCCUCGCCUCUCGUAUCACUCUGCCCUCCUCCAAGCCCUCACGAUCUUUUUGUGCCCAUGGAAAAAGCUUCCCCUCCCCCAACUCCCUCACAAACGCCCUCUCAUCCUCAGACCUUCUCUCCCUUUGGCCUUCCACCCACAAUGAUCCAGACACAGCUGUCAAGCUGCUAAACGAACACCUCUCCUCAACCUUCAGUUCCCUUGUCCACUUGAAAACCAGGUCCAUCUCCAAGCCUACCCGCUUCCUCUGGUACAAAAGUCAUCUCUGCUCCAUCAAAUCUCAAACCCAGUUGCUCAAGUGCAGAUGGCACAAAACUCGCCCCACUGUUCACCGC